AUGGAAAACCAAAACAAAAUUGAAAGCAAGAAAGUUUCUAGAAGCUCCCAAAGCCUUUGUAUAUAAAGCACCAUAAAGCACCAAUCUUCAAUUGUUGUUCCAACUGAUAUUAAAACACAGCCACGAACCCUAGCUUUCUGUUUACUCUCUCAGAUCUGACCAAUCCGCAAUACCCUAUCUUAGCCAUGGGUUCCAGGAAGAACGAUUUCGGCGAUGGCGCUAGUCCUGGAAAAAUCUUUAUUGGAGGUCUAGCGAAAGAGACGACGCGAGAACAAUUUGUGAAGUACUUUGAGAAGUAUGGGGAGAUAAUAGACUCGGUGAUUAUGAAAGAUAGGCAAACAGGUAGACCCAGAGGUUUUGGGUUCAUCACUUUUGCUGAUCCAACAGUUGUAGACACUGUUAUAGCUGAAAACCAUAUUAUCAAUGACAAACAAGUUGAGAUUAAAAGAACCAUCCCAAAAGGAUCUGCUGAUUCAAAGGAUUUUAAAACAAGGAAGAUUUUUGUUGGUGGCAUUCCAACUACCAUGACCGAAGAUGAAUUCAAGAACUUUUUCUCUAAGUUUGGGAAAGUAACAGAGUAUGAGAUCAUACGAGAUCACGUGUCCAAGCGUUCUAGAGGCUUUGGAUUUAUUGUGUUUGACAAUGAAGAAGUAGUUGAUAGUUUGCUGGCUGAGGGAAAUAGGAUGGACAUGAUGGGUACUCAGGUUGAGAUCAAGAAGGCAGAACCAAAGAAACCCUCAAACCCAGCUUCUGCUCCUGCAUAUGGUAGUAAUUCUAGGGGGCGUGGAUAUGGUGAUAGUUAUGGAGGAUUUGCCGAUUCAUAUAACGGUUAUGACAGUGGAGGUUUUGGCCCUGCUUCUUAUAGGUCAUUUGGAUCUUGGUAUGGUGACUAUGGAUAUGGUGGUAGAUAUGGAGACUUUGGCAGUAGUGAAUUUGGUGGUUACCGUGGAGACCCCUCACUUGGUUAUUCCAGUCGUUUUGGCUCGUAUGCUGGUGGUUAUGGUGGGGGAUACAGUAGCAGUGGGCUAGGAGCAUAUGGCCGUGGAGGUGGUUAUGGUGGCUAUGGGGGAGCUGGCCCUGGUGCUGGUUAUGAAUCUGGCCCUGGUGCUGCUUACGAAUCUGGCACUGGUGCUGGUUAUGGUGGAUCAGGAGGUUUAUAUGGAAGUAGGGGAGGGUAUAGUGGCAGUGGCCGUUACCAUCCUUACUCCAGGUAGAUUUUCCUAAGCUUUAUAGGAGUUGCAUUCAGGUAUCUUGGUUACUGCAUCUUCAGGCAAGGGUCGAGUAGAUAUCUUGGAUCACUAGCAAGGAGACACCACCUAGAAGAUUUGGAGAGCCCUAGUUUGCUACUUCUUAUUAUGACUGUGCGACCAGAGAACCAUAUCUAGUCUAGAUAGAUAUGAUAUAGCUUGUGCUUUGUCUUAGUUUAGACAUUUUCUCUGUUUAUGAACUAUGGAUUAGCUAGAACCUUCUUUCGGAGUAUUUUUGUGUGUAUUGUAUGUUUGGUUUCAUAGAUACAUAUGAUGCAGGCUCGUAUUGUUCUAUGCUUAGUAAGUACUCUACUUCUCAGGUAUCACUCUAUGAUAAGUUCACGAGCUUUUUACUUUUAAGAGAUCUAUGGUGUCUGCUGGUGUCUAGUUAUCACUUUGUGUGGUUUAGUUGGCUUAGCUUGGUCAUGCUCAAUCAUAGUUGUGGAUAUUUUAAGUUAUUUUCCUUUGUGCCACUUAAGUUUAUCAGAAAUGUGUGCUGAGCCAGAUCCCUGAAAGAAUUUGAUGAAGCCAUUUAUACCUAAAACAGUAGAUUGUUGGUCUGACCGUUACUUUGUUUUAGAACCGGUUCAUAUUGAUUUAUUUUAAGUGCUCUUAAGCUAGCUCUCAAGUACUUCUUAAGUAAAUUUAAGAAGUGCUUCUAAGCUAUGUUGCACGGACUCUUCAAAAAUGUCUACAUGUACGUGUUAGAUACUCCAAAAGUAGUGCAUUUUGUAGAAUUUGACACGGGUGCGGCAAGAAUUUUGGAGAGUCCAAGCAACAUAGCUUAUAAGUACUUGGUUUAAGUUAAAAUGCUAAAAAUAUAUGAAAAGCCACAAGUUAGAAUUUCUUACUUGUGACUUUUGGCUUAUAAGUAAAAAAUGAAAAGCAAUCCAAUCAGGCUUUUAGUUUUGAAAGGAUCUGCAUGUCUCGUUUCGACCAUACAUAGCUUAGGGUGCUUGCAUCUUCUUUUCUUUAUUAAAAGUGGUAGUGGAGGGGGGUGCCUACAGCUUACUGGUUUGUGCAGGAACAACAGUCCUAUAGUGUGCUUGCUUUCUUUUUGUAUUUUUUUUAAUCUUUACUCCGUCACUUAAAAUGUUUUGUUUUGGUAAUCAAGAUCUAAUUUGUUUAUAAUCUCAGGUUAGUGCCUUUUGUCUGUGUACAUACUCAAUUGUGAAUGGCUGUAAUUCAUAUCUUAAUUUGUGUUGAAUAUAUUGAUGAUGUAGCUGUAAUUCAGCUUAUGUUCUUUAUAUUAUCAUUUAAAAUGUUAACAUGUA